CCAUGAGGAGUUUCGAAGUAAAGUACACGUAAAUGCUCUUGCCCCGAAAGCUGUGUCCCUGUCGUCUGUCCUAAUUAAGAGACCCGCUGAUAGCACCCACGCUAAGGUAACUCGGAGCAACAUCAUAUAAAGUCACAACAUGGUGUCAGAAGUGCAAGCUGUCGUGUGAGAGGGAGACUGCAGCCGAGCAACGCAAGUGAGCUAGCUUAAAUUAGCAUAGUUCACCUUGCUGAAAACAUGGAGCAGUUCAAACCGCCAUCGCCGCUGCUGCUCAAUCUGUCAGAAACUUGGCGCAGGUGGGAACAAAGAUUCCAGUUGUACAUGACUGCAACAGGUGCGUUGGAAAAAGAUGAAAAGGUUAAAAUAGCCAUUCUUCUUCACACCAUCGGCGAGGAAGCUUUAGAAGUGUACAACACACUUGCUAUUACCCCAGCCGGAGACGCACUUACGAUGGAGGACAUUCUGAAAGCAUUCAAAGACUACUGUAGCCCACAAAAGAAUGUUGUAUUUGAGCGCCAUCAGUUCUGGUCACACCCAAUGAUGUCAGGAAUAUCAGUGGACAGAUAUGUCACAGAGCUCCGUCAAAAAAGCAAAAAUUGUGAGUUUGGAGCUGAUGAGGAAGGCAUGAUCAGGGAUAAGUUGGUGUUCAGCAUAAAUGACACAAGACUGAAAGAGAGACUGCUUCGGGAAAAUGACCUCACUCUUCGUAAAGCAUUAGAAAUAUGCAGAUCAGGUGAGGUGGCCAAUGCACAGAUCCAGGUCGUGCAGUCAACACCUGUCACCCACGACACAGCAGUGGAUACGUUGAAGAAAGCUCAAAGACACAAUAAAUCAGUACAUGGCAAACACCGAACGAGCAGCAACAAGCAAGUGGUUUGCACCAAAUGUGGUAAUAAGCACGAGCCUCGACAGUGUCCAGCUUAUGGAGCAACGUGUCACAAGUGUGGAAAAAAUAAUCACUUUUCCAAGGUAUGCAGAACAAAUGCAGAGAAAAAAGGCUACUUCAAGAAAAACAUGAACAACAUUGAGACUGAAGUUGACUCAUUGUACAUAGGCAUGGUGCGGAGUGAUGAUAGUGACAUAGAUGGUAGUUGGAAUGAAACUGUGAACAUUGAAGGCAUGCAAGUUACUUUUAAACUUGACACAGGUGUGGAUGCAAAUGUUCUGCCCAAGUCAGUUUAUGCAAAGCUGCCUGGUGCUCCUCAAUUACAGCCCACAAAGACUGUCCUCAUAGCUUUUGGUGGAACCCGCAUAGAUGGUGUAGUUUCUCUUGAAUGUGAAACAAGGAAGUGUAAAGCUGUGUGUGACUUUCUGGUGUCCAGCCAUGCAGAUAAGUCGAUCCUAGGUGGAAAAGCUUGUGAACAGCUGCACCUGGUGAAACGAAUUGGGACAAUCGCAGCAGCAAAGUCUCCACAGCCAACCAAACCACCAGCAACCAAGGAAGAAGUACGCAGAGGUCUUCACAGGCUUGGGGUUGAGUCUGGGAUUGUGGCUGACAUAGAGGUCGAAGAUUUUAUUCCUGCCGAUUGUGACACCUUUUACCAGAUCAAGAGUCAGCCCAUCGCCAUCAGCUCCUCAACUGCACCAUCAUCUUCAUCAUCCUCUUCCUUGUUGCAGCCAGUCAUGUUGUCCAGGGUUCUGAUGAGGCAGGACCUGAUGCGUCAGCAGGUUCUUGAGCAGGAACAGAAGAUGGAGGUCCAGCAGCAGCGCUGCAACACUUCCUCCUCACCCAUCCCUGUGUCCGUGUUGCCCUGCACACCUGCCCAGGUCCCUCUGGAGGUGCUGAAGGUGCAGACUCAUCUGGAGAACCCUACCAAGUACCACAUCCAAGAGGCUCAGAGGCAGCAGGUCCGUCAGUAUCUGUCUGCCACCAAGUCGGCCAAUCAGAAGCCUGCCCUGCCACUCAGCCAUGUCUCUGAGCUGGGCCUCGUCUCCAGACAGCCAAUGGAAAGCACCUCAGAGCAAAAGCUGCCAGAAAAUGUUCAGGAUGUGAGUGGAGGACAAGAAGUCCCAUCAGCUGCCAUUAGCAACAGCUGCCCAGCCAAUCUGCACGUCAUCAAGAAAGAGCUGAGUGAGGAUGAGGCCAAGGCUUUGAUGAAAGACAGACAGAAAAAGAACAAUCACAACCUCAUUGAAAGAAGACGGCGUUUCAACAUCAACGACCGGAUUAAAGAACUCGGAGUGCUGAUCCCUAAAUCCUCUGACAUGGAGGCCAGGUGGAACAAGGGGACCAUCUUGAAGGCGUCAGUAGAUUACAUCCGCAAACUGCAGAAAGACCAGCAGAGAGCGCGAGACUUGGAGGAAAGACAGAAAAAGCUGGAGAGCACCAACCGCUUUCUGCUACUGCGUAUUCAGGAGUUGGAGCAGCAGGCCCGUCAACAUGGUCUCUUAUCUUCCUCUUCUGUGGACCCCCAGACUUUUCUCUUGUCACCAUUCCCUCCCCCCAUCUCUUCCUCCUUUUCUCUGACCUCCCUCUCUCUGGGGGAGGAUGCCUUGAGCUUUGUAGAGCAGGAUGAUACUCUUGAGGCCUGCAACGUUUUCUCCCCAGACUUGAUGUGUGACCUGGGGCUGACAGAGAUGCAUGGCCUGCAAGGGUUACUAAUGGAGGACAUCCAAGGAGGAGUGGCAUCUGACCCCCUGGUGGUCUGUGGAGCCUCAAAGACUACCAGUCGGAGUAGCAGCUUUAGCAUGGAUGAAGACCUUUGAUGAUGUCAUCAGAUGGUGCGCGGGUUCAGCUUUAAAUUAUCUUUUAGACUGGGAUAGCAGGUUAGAUGCUGUUACCAUGGCAAAGUUACUGCUGCAGUAUGCUGGCUCAUGUUCUGUUACCAGGGCAGCUGCCAGAUGUAGUGUAUCAUCCUAUUGAGUCCACCAAGUGUCCACACAAAAACUGAGAAUGGAGGUUGGCUUUCUGAUGGGAUGAAUUUAAGAAAGUUAAAACACAUAAAUACUAAACACAACUGCUUCUGCAGUUGUGUGCUCACCUGUGCAGUGUCGUUAGUGUUGUGCAUUAGUCCUAUACGAAAGGCUUGGUAAACAUACAUGAAUUAUCAGUUAUCACUUUAUUUUUUUUGGAAAACAGAUUACUGCUGCAAACAGGAGAUCUGCUAUGGAAAAUCACUUUUAUUCUUGUCUUUUUACUGCAGGCUGGAAACAAACAAAAGGGAAGAUAAUGGCAGAAACCCAAUUAUUUCCCUACCCCUACGGCUUCUCCCUAUCCCUAACUUUAUCCCUCCAAGUAGAGAGAUGUGGAAAAAACAGUGUCCCUUCAAAUUCGGACGUUACUACCACUCUAUGACGGCAUUAAUAGUUCAGCAGUCAUGUAUUUUCCAAGCGCUGGCAGCCAUGCGCUAACAUAGAUAACAUCAAUUUUAUACCUUUAAAAAGUCAUGCUUAAACGAAAACGUAAUACUAAUACUUAAAUGAAAACCUCUGUGAUUCAGAGCACAACCACCUAUAGAAAUGCUAUUUUUCUUCAUGCCAGAGCGCCACGUGGAUCACCCUACCGGCAGAGGGAUAGCCAGCCCUAAGUCACUAUGGCUACUCCUUUAAAAAAAAAAAACUUUUGGACACCACUACAGCUCCAAAUGGAGCAAUGAGGAGGGGCCAGAUGGGUAUGGAAGCAAUUUGGAUUACCGAACAUAUGAGGUUCCAUUUGUGCCAGAAAUAUGUUUUUGUGUCCAUUGUCUAUGUCUACUGAACGAGUUCAUUGAACAUUGGUUCAUGCGUUAUGUUUAAAACUUUGCAUUUGUCUUUGUUAUUGUCGUUACCCACUGUGGUCUCACUAUGUCGUCAGGAAAGUCCUUAGCAACUGUUGCUAGUGACUUUAGCUACGACGUUUCCCAUGUCGUGUCGUUAGAUCUUGUCGUUUUUCAAAUUUUGCCAAAGUCAUCAGACAUUCUUUUGUACGGCCGUUAAAUUGUUUCCUGUACUGCUGCGGAACAAAAAAAGUUUAUUAAAGCCGGCGCUAGCGUUAACCAUGACAAACACUAUUUAAAUUUGUUUCAAGUUAUUGAGACUUUGGCUUCAAUUAAAUAUGGAGAUGAAACUAUUAUUUAAGUCUUUUAAAAAAUAACUGAUCUUUAUCAAAAAUGUUGUCACAAAUCGGAUGGAUAAGCGAGGAGCAGGAAGGCCAAAACCUUUCACUGGAUUUUGAUCUUUUCUUUUUAAUCUGUUAUGUAUUUAUUUGACCAUGAGGUUGCGCUCUCGGGACCAGUGUAAUGCUCUUUUGUGCGCCUCUUUUCCUCGUUUAUCCAUCAGAAUUGUUUGAUAAAGAUCAGCUAUUUUUCACAAGACUUUUAAUUAAUACUUUCAUCAUCAGAUUUAAUUGAAGCCAUACUCUAAAUACCUUAAAAAUAUUUGCAAGUUGCUUCGGGAACGUGAAACCGUUGUAUGCAUGCACCCCCCCCCUCCCUUCUGGCAAUGCACAUUUGCAGGAAUUUCAAUAAAGGUUUUUUUUUUUUUAAACGUGUUUUGUUCCGUGGUAGUACAGGAAACAAUUUACCAGCCGUACAAAGGACUUUUCUGACUACUUUGGCAAUAUUUGAAAAUCGACAAGAUCUAAGGACACGACACGGAGCAACGACGUAGCUAACAACACUAGCAACAGUUGCUAAGGACUUUCCUGACACAGUAAUGAGAAGACAUGGGGAAACAACAAUAAUAAAGACAAAUGCAAAGUUUUAAGCAUAAAGCUAGCAUAUACAUCAGCAAGUAAAUACAAAGUAAUAAUCAAAGAAGCAUGGGCAUGCAGAAGAUAUUGCUUAGUAGUAGACAUAGACAAUGGACCCAAAACAUAGAUAGUGGACGCAAAAACAUAUUUUCAUAUUUUUGGUACAAAUAGAACCUCAUACGAACACAGACACACGUAGUCAUCAAUUUAAUUUCUUUAUUUAAAACACAAAUGAAAAUAAACACAAGCGUUUUAAAAAUAGACCAACAGUCUAUUGGUAGAGAACAAUCUGUUCCUUGGGAUAGAAUCUUCUCUGGUUCAGGUAAAACUGGUUGAACUUGAUAAUAACUUGUUUUCAGCAUCCCACAGUUUUAGUGGAGAACUCUAGAUCAAUCUAGAGCAGUGUUUUUCAACCUUUUUUGAGCCACGGCACACUUUAACCUUGACAAAAAUCCCGCGGCACACCAGCAUCCCAAAAAA